AAAAAUUCAUUUAUCAGGAAAGCCACGGAAUAUAAGGAUACUUAAAAAUUAAUAUUUAUAAAUAAUUAUUUAUGCGAAUCAAUUAAAAUGUCUGCUUUAGUUAAAAGUAGUUUUUCUUUUCUAAAGACAUCUAUUUACUCUAUACCUGUUCGUGCUAUAUCUACCACAAAUAAACUUAAUUUAAAAGAAAUACGGGAACAAACUGUUGGAUCUACUGUAAUAAUAGAAGGCGUGCAAGUGCCAUCUCCUCGUCAGGAUUACUUAAUACGAGCUGACAAAUUGAUCCCAACUCCUGAACCUUUAGUAAAGUCUGAGCAACCACCGUGUUAUAUGUGUGCUCUUGGUUUAGAUGUGAAGCAUACAGAUGUACUAAUUCUAAGCCAAUUCGUAAGAUCCGAUGGCUGUAUGCUACCGCGACGAAUCACGGGUCUCUGCCGCCGACAGCAGAAAAAAGUAGGCAAAAUGGUGACCAUGGCGCAGAAAGCAGGCCUCAUGAUAAAUAUGACUCCAAAGAAUUGUGCAAAAGAUCCAAAAAAGAGACGAGAUCAUAAAAAGUUCAACACAUACUUUGAUGAAAGCACAAUAUUCCUGAAGAGGAUUCCUAAGCCCUGGGAGAAAUUUAGGCGAUAAUUUUAUUGUAUAGUAUAAUUUUAGAGGUAUUGAAUUAAAUAUUAUAAAUUAGUGUUUAUAUUAUUUUUUUAGUUUCAUAUAGUGUACGAAACGAAUAGUGUAACUAAUAGUAUAAUUUCAUAUAGUGUACAUAAUCAAUACAAAGGAGAAUAUUCAUAGAUGGGAAAAAUCAUCAAUGAUAGGUUAAAGUGGUAAG